GCUUCGCUCUUUCCACGCUCUCCUCUUCCUGGUCGCUCUCCACUUCACAAAAGCAAUAGAAGCAUCGCUCUCCACUUCACAAAAGCAAUAGAAGCGAUGGCGAUUCUCUCCGCCCUGCGGGUCUCCAUGUUGUAUCCUCCUCCUCCUCCUCCUCCUCCUCCUCCUCAUGCUCAUGCUCAUCUUCCUCGUGCUCGUGCUCCUAGCCCUACUCCUCAUGCUCAUCUUCCUCGUGCUCGUGCUCCUAGCCCUAAAAAACAAGAGUCUCGCAUCGGAGCAUCGCGAAGAGAGGAUGAAACAAUAUGCAGGGAGACGUGCUUGUACUCGGUUGCUCCCUAUCCCCUCCUGUUUGCGGCUGCCCUACCCGGAGGUGAGGCUGUGAAGUCGAUAUUUGGACCUUUCGCGGAGCUCGUGAAGACGUGGAACCUUCCAGAUUGGCUUGUGCACUGGGGUCACCCCGCAAAUAUGGCUGUCGUACUGUUUGCAAUGGGGGGCUACGGAACUUAUCUAGGGUUUCGAAUAAGAUUCUCAGAUGAUGUAGAAGAGAAGGCCAAGGCCAAAGAUCUUCAUCCAAAGCUUCUCGGUGGCAUGUUCUUCUUCUUUGCUCUGGGCGCUACUGGUGGAAUCACUGCUUUGCUUACAUCUGACAAACCAAUUUUUGAGAGCCCUCAUGCGGUGACGGGCUUUAUUGGUCUUGCUCUCUUGACUGUUCAAUCAAUUUUGCCAGCAUUAUUCGAGAAACUUCCGCCUUGUGUUUUCAGGGAAAUCCGGGUCUGAGGAUGGCGCACGGACUCCUGGGUAGCAGCAUAAUGACCCUGUUUCUAGUCCAUGCAGCUCUUGGACUUCAACUUGGUCUCAGUUUUUAGCUUGUAUACUGAUGGCUUCUUGUAUAAGUCAUAUGACACACUUUCACAAUAAUCAGAAAGCAAGGAUUCAUUUCUCUCAAUGGAGGUGAAUCUUCAACAAUUUUGCCAUGUCAUUAUUUAUGCAUUUAUCGAACACACUCUUCUAAUGUUCUGUUGACUACUUUUGGGGCCAAUUGCUGUAUAUGUAGCUGAUGCUCUGUUAUUCACUUCCUGUAUGAUCUUAGUAGCUGUUACUGUUGAUGACAUUGAAUGCUGGUGCAAAAUGCAAACUACCUUCUGAUGGCUCCUGCAGUUUA